CGCAGUUUAUUUUCCACUGUCAGUUGCAUUUCAUCUUUCAUAUCAAUUCGUUAUUGAAGUCGAAUCUUUGCAACAAAAGCAAACGAGGAAUUGGUGUUGUCGCAAGUAUAUUUUAUUCGAUAUUUUUGUUCAACAAUUUAAAAGUGACGAAAAUAAUUAAGUAAUCUUCUGUAAUAAAAAAAUUGUGCAUGAGUUUCAUUUUCUGGCUGAAAAGUACCGAUUGUUAUAUAAAAGCACAUAUCUUCAGAAAGAUGCAUAUGCUGGAAAAAAAUUAAGAGUACAUAAAUUUCAAAGUGGAAAGGAAUUGAAGAAAAAGAAAGAUGUGCUGAAGAUUAAAUACAAGAAGUAAAUACACAGAUUUUUGCAAAAUAAAUCAAGUAUUUUUUUUUAUAUGCUAAAUAUUUAUAUAAACUAUAAAUGGUGAAAUAAAUAGUGAUAUCAAGUGCAAUAAAAGUGGUUUAUUCUUGUCCCCAAUAAAAAGGAUAAAAUAAGAGCUAGAAUUUUCACUAAAGGUGUGUAAAAUCGUUUCAGUGCUGAUUUUAUUAGAUCCAAAUUAGCCAAGUUACCAAAUAGUCACGGCUGCCAUAAAGCAGUUAUAUCUGUGCUCAGCUUAUUAGAAUUAUUUGUAAUAAUUAAAAAUAAUGCAGAACAGUAGUAAUUCCAACCGUCAAGGCAAAGAGAAACGUUUCUCUAUCCACGAUGCAUUCGAAGAGGAGACAGACGAGGCCAUACGCGUGUAUGGUUCCACUGUGAUAUCAACACCUAUGCGUGCAAAGCAACGUUCAACCGAUGAUGUAUCCAUUCGCAUUCAGGAUCCAAA